CUCCCAGGAGGGGGUGACGAUGAAGUUGGGAAAACUCAACUCGGUACCGAGACGCGGCUCGCGGGAGGCUCACGAGCCCCGGAGAGGGAGGCGAGUGGCACCGGCGCGAAAGGGGCGGGCCGGCUCGGGUGGCUCGCAUUUCCUGUGACAGGGGCUGCCCCGGCCUCUCCCUCUCCCGCGGCGGCGGGACCAUUUCCUGAAUCGCUCGAGCGGAGGGAGGACUGGGGGCGCGGCCCUACCAUCAGCGCAGAGGGACGGGGGUGUGCGCUUAGGGAAAGGUGGAGGGACCGAGCGUGGUGAGAGACCGCGAAGUUCUACCAGGUUCCAGCUUCUUAGAUACUGUUAGACGCACGCCCUCCACGGACUGGGAGUCUCCCGUCUCCGCGGGUCGACCGGGUGCGUGCUGGACCCCGCAGCAUCCCCCCUGCCCGCAUUCCCGAGGUGGUUCGGCCCGAGAGGCCGGCGUCUUUUCCCCCAGUUUGCUGUUCACCCCGAGCGCUCGGGACUUACCCGUAGUGGUGACGGCGGCAACAUGUCUGUGGCGUUCGCAGCCCCGAGGCAACGAGGCAAGGGGGAGAUCACUCCCGCUGCAAUCCAGAAGAUGUUGGAUGAAAAUAACCAUCUUAUUCAGUGUAUAAUGGACUAUCAGAAUAAAGGAAAAACCUCAGAGUGUUCUCAGUAUCAGCAGAUGCUGCAUACAAACUUGGUGUACCUCGCUACAAUAGCAGAUUCUAAUCAAAAUAUGCAGUCUCUCUUACCAGCACCACCCACACAGAAUAUGCCUAUGGGUCCUGGAGGGAUGAAUCCGAGCGGCCCUCCCCCACCUCCACGCUCUCACAACAUGCCUUCAGAUGGAAUGGUAGGUGGGGGUCCUCCUGCGCCGCACAUGCAGAACCAGAUGAACGGCCAGAUGCCUGGGCCUAAUCAUAUGCCUAUGCAGGGACCCGGACCUAAUCAACUGAAUAUGACAAACAGUUCUAUGAAUAUGCCUUCAAGUAGUCAUGGAUCCAUGGGCGGUUACAACCAUUCCGUGCCAUCAUCACAGAGCAUGCCAGUGCAGAAUCAGAUGACAAUGAGCCAAGGGCAGCCAAUGGGAAACUAUGGCCCCAGGCCAAACAUGAAUAUGCAGCCAAACCAAGGUCCAAUGAUGCAUCAGCAACCUCCUUCCCAGCAAUUCAACAUGCCCCAGGGAGGAGGGCAGCACUACCAAGGACAGCAGCCACCUAUGGGAAUGAUGGGCCAAGUGAACCAAGGCAAUCAUAUGAUGGGGCAGAGACAGAUUCCUCCUUACAGACCACCUCAGCAGGGCCCACCACAGCAGUACUCAGGCCAGGAGGACUAUUAUGGGGACCAGUACAGUCACGGUGGACAAGGUCCUCCAGAAGGCAUGAACCAGCAAUAUUAUCCCGAUGGUCAUAAUGAUUACGGUUAUCAGCAACCGUCGUAUCCUGAACAAGGCUACGAUAGGCCUUAUGAGGAUUCCUCACAACAUUACUACGACGGAGGAAAUUCACAGUAUGGCCAGCAGCAAGAUGCUUACCAAGGACCCCCUCCACAGCAGGGCUACCCGCCUCAGCAGCAGCAGUACCCGGGACAGCAGGGUUAUCCAGGGCAGCAGCAGGGCUAUGGUCCUUCCCAGGGUGGUCCUGGUCCUCAGUACCCUAAUUACCCACAAGGACAAGGUCAGCAGUAUGGGGGUUACAGACCAACACAGCCUGGGCCGCCACAGCCCCCCCAGCAGAGGCCUUACGGAUACGACCAGGGACAGUAUGGAAAUUACCAGCAGUGAAGCAGUACUUACAUUCCAAUAGCCAGGAUCUGUUAGCAGCCAUAUUGUCUCCUCAGCACUGUGGACACCUCCCUGUGAAACGGUCCUCUCAUUCCGUCUAGUUUUUGGAAAAAACCUUGUGGAUAAGUGGCUGUUUCAUCAAUAAGCAGCCUUUGUGGUUUAGUUGUAAAAAGCUUUAGUAGCUCAAAAAUAUUCUUGAUUUCACAUUUUUACUCUAGAUGGCAACAUUGGACAGAAAAUGCAAUGACAUAAUCAGUUUGCAAUGAUUUUGGAACUGUGUUUCAAAUGGACUGUCACAGACUGAAAGGUGUGAACAGCUUUGUAUGUUUAUGAAGGUUAAGGGAAUUUAAUACUUUUCCACAGAUUCUUUUGUAAGGGGAAGAGGAAAAUGUACACUUUUUACAGCAGCAAUAUUUUGUAUAUUAUGUUUAUUUCAUUGAUGAAUAUGCAAGGCGGUACACUGUGCACUGGACAGAAUCAGAAAUCCUCUGUUAACAUGGACUGGAGCAUAGUAGAUUGUUUGGGUCUCAAAAUGGUGUCUUGUUACAGUAAAGGUGGGAGUGGAGGCAGAACACACCGUGUGUCUACUGUUACACUCUCCUGGAGGAGUCUAAAUCCCUUUUAUCUCUUAGGUAACAAAGGGCACUGUGAUACAGUUUUGAGUAACAUUUUUUUAAAAGCCUUCCAGUUUUGUGGUUUAAACCCUUUUUAUAAAGACCGUUUCUAAUACUGUUUUAAAAUGUGAGGCAAUAAGAAUUACUUUGUUUGAUUUUAAGUAUUUGGUGACAGUUUCAUGUAAAUGAAGUGGUAAUCCUCUCUCAAGAUAGCAAUAACUAAAAGUGAAAAGUGUUAAUUUUAUCUUGUUUAAGUGAUCAGGGAACUUAGUAAUAUCAAAAUGUUUUAUAAUUGAUAUCAAAGAGGAGUCAGCCUUGACCCAGGAUUUUAUUUUUUAACAUUUGAAAGAUAAUUGGUUUAUAUGAUGAAGUGUUAUUUCAGCUUUCUUAACUGGAAAUGAUGCCAUUUAUGAAGGGAUAUUUUUAUGUUUCCCAUUUUUUUAUGUUAAUAAGUUUGGGAAACUGCUUAUUGAUGAGGCUUAUUCCGAUUUGUAUUAAAAGCAUAGAGGUUGUAUUCCAGAUAAUCUUGUUUAUAAGCAUGGCAUAAUUAUUUGAGACUGUCCUGUGCCUGAUUAUUUUAGCUCAAUUCAGGGAUAUUACAUUUGGCAGGAAAGCAUGCACUGAGAAAUUUCUAACCACAGUUAUUUAAGCAUAAUCUGAGAACAUCUAGCCCAAAGGUAAGUUCCUAUUUUCAUCACAGUUGCCUGUGCCCAGGGAAUAAGAUGUAUUCUUUAUAAUUGAAUUGGUUUUUCCCACUUCUAACUGGAAACAAACAGGGGGAGGGAGGCAUACAUUUGAAUAAGCAGAAUAUUACUGUUCUCAACAUGCUGUAAUCAAAAGGAGGAAUUUCGGUCUGUCUGUGUGUGUAUGAGCGUGUGUGUGUCUGUAUGCGUGUUUUAAGAUCAGAAUUGGUUUUCUUCCAUCAUGGUCAGUGGAUAAUGGGCAUCAAGUUUGAACAGAUAAAGCAUAAACAGCCUUAUUGUGAUUGAAAUGCUUAUAGAUUCUGUGCCAAUUUUCCACCACUGUGUAGUUUGUUGCUAUUUAAAACUGUAUCAACUCUAACGGAAGAAUAAAUUAUUUGUGAUUUUAA